AUGGCGGCCAACGGCACUCCCUCACCCUUUGUGACGCUGGUUUCGUCAGAUGGGUUUGAGUUCCACCUCCGCCGUUCCGCUGCCUGCGUGUCUCCCGCACUCAGGCGUAUGCUUGACCCGCAAAAUAACUUCGCCGAGGCCCAAACAGGGAUCUGCCACCUGGAGAACAUCAGCGGAACCGUCCUCGAGAAAGUCGUCGAAUACUUUUACUACAACGAGAAAUAUCGAAACAGUGAGGGCGUGCCGGACAUGGAUAUCCCUCCGGAGUUAUGCCUGGAGCUCCUGAUGGCAGCCGAUUUCUUGAUGUCUUGA